AUGAUUCGACAAGACUUCAAUCGCAUCGAUGCCAAAAGGCGGUCGAAUCUCGAUCCAAAGAAGAAGCAGUUCGCCCAACCGGCCUUUCAGCAUCAUGACUACCAACAUCGCCUCAACUUCUACGUUCUACCGCCUACUGCAGAGAUAACGCUGGAAGAGUUCGAGGAGUGGGCGAUAAACCGGUUGAAGGUGCUCUCCGAACUCGAAUCAUGUACGUUCCGAAAUCGCACGCCGGACGAGACGGCCUCAUAUAUGGCUCCUAUCCUCUCUAAAUACCUCGCUCUUCACUCGAACUCAUCCCGAUCAUCCAUGCUACAGGAGGAGCGGAAACAGGACCACUACUCUCACUUCAUCCUACGACUUGCCUUUUCCUCUACCGAAGACCUCCGCCGGCGUUUCUCCCGAUUAGAAAGCAUGCUUUUCCGUCUCCGAUGGAAGGAGGAUGAUGCAAGAGAGCGAAGGGAGUUCGUGGAUAGCCUAGACUUAAGGUGGGAGAAAGUAGGGGAUGAGGAGAAAAGGGAAUUGGCAAGCGAACUUGCGGCCGUGACGUAUAAGACGAGGCAAAGCGAUGACGAUGGCUGGUUCAAAGUUGAAUGGGAACAAGUUCCGGAGCUCGUGGAGAGCAGAAGGGUGUUGCUGAAGAGAGGGGUCGCGUACGUUCCUGCUCGAGAGCAGAUGAGUCUUGUCAUGGCGGAAUUCACACGGCGACUAGAUGCAGCAAUGGAGCUCACUGCCCGAGCCCUACCACGUCUUGACGAGGACGACAGAUUGACGCCGAUCUUGAAGCAUCUGUCCGCCUCCUUUAUCUCACCUGCCAGCACCUACGACAGCAACUCUGCGCUUCCCGGGACGCUACAGCCCCACGCGAACAACAUCCCUCAACUCGCACAACAUUUCCCGGCAUGCAUGGGCCAAUUACAAACGCGACUUGCUCGAGACCACCAUCUCAAACACUUCGCGCGACUGCAAUAUACCCUUUUCUUGAAAGGAAUUGGCCUAUCGCUGCAGGACUGCAUCGUCUUCUGGCGCCGAUCCUUCUCGCUCAUGACCGACGAGAAGUUCGAGAAAGAAUACAAGUACAACAUCCGACACGUAUACGGCGACGUCGGCGGCGACUCCAAUCGCCGCGGAAAGGGAUACAGCGCCUACAGCUGCCAGAAGAUCCUGACAGAGCCGCUGCCGAGCGCUGGCCAAGCUCACGGCUGCCCCUACCGCACGUUCAGCAUCGACAAUCUCCUCGAAUCGCUCCGCAGCAUGGGCGUGCAUGACCGCGAGGUCCUCAAAACCAUCCGCGAGGACGUCGGUCGCCAGCGCUACCACAUUGCCUGCAACCGCGUCUUUGAGUAUCAGCACAAGGCGGAGCUGGAUGGCAAGCCGGGCCAGGAGAUCCCGGGACUGAAGGAAACGAUCGUACAUCCGAAUGACUAUUUCAAAAAGAGCUUCUUGUUGAAGCAUUGGGGUGACAAGGAGGUCCGAGAGGGAGCUGAUGCGGGCGGCCCGUUGAAGAUGGAGGAGUGA